AUGAACUACUCCCCAAUAAAAUACACAUUUUUUCACAAAUAGUAAAAUGAAAAAUUCUAGUUGAAAACCGACGACCGUAUCUUUUUUUCCACUGACUACAGUCUUCCUCUACAUGUUCACUUCCCUCUCUCCACCGCUAAAUGGCUAGAGCCAAAUCCGGCCGCCGUAAUCUCGACUCCUACACCGUCAAGCAUGUCGGAAAAACGAUCCGCGCCGGCGACUGCGUCUUGAUGAGGCCUUCGGAUUCAUUAAGGCCGUCGUACGUGGCGCGCGUGGAGAGGAUCGAGGCCGACAGCCGCGGCGCGAACGUGAGGGUCCACGUGCGGUGGUACUACCGGCCGGAGGAAUCGGUCGGCGGCCGCCGGCAGUUUCACGGAUCGAAGGAGCUGUUUUUCUCCGAUCACUUUGACGUUCAGAGCGCCGAGACGAUCGAGGGGAAGUGCAAGGUUCACAGCUUCAAGAGCUACACUAAGCUGGAUGCAGUUGGAAACGACGACUUCUUCUGUCGUUUUGAGUACAGCUCGUCCACUGGCGCCUUCAAUCCAGAUAGAGUCGCCGUGUACUGUAAGUGUGAGAUGCCCUAUAAUCCUGAUGAUCUUAUGAUUCAGUGUGAAGCAUGCAGUGACUGGUUCCAUCCAAUGUGUGUAGGCAUGACCCACGAGGAAGCCAAAAGACUAGAUCGCUUCCACUGUAUUGAUUGUUCCUCUGAAGAUCAAAAGAAACUGCAUGAUAACCAUGUUUCUAUGAGACAGGCUGAUGUCAAGAUUCUUUGCAGUUUUGGGAUUCUUAUUGCACCUAGGGAUGUGAAGGAGUUAGCUAAAAAGUUGAUACAAAACGACGCCGCAGGUGAUUUUACAUCAGUCCGUAUGCAAACAAAUGAAAUAAGUGAACGAGCAGAUAUAAGAAUGGAAAUGAACUAGGCACUUGAGGCCCAUCUAUUUAAAUAGGCCAACUUUAUAAUGUAUCAAGUAUGUGUAUUAUUAGGUAGAGAUUGUUAUAGAUUGUACUAAAUUAUGGCAUUUUACUAACUCUGAUAAACAGUGUCCCAUCUCUCCUGUGUGGUAGAUGCAAAAAGGUGUGUGGAUUAUGAUGUAUAUUAUGCUUUAUUAUGACUCGUUUUAUCUGUGGCUUCUGCGUGUAUCGUGUGCAGGCAUCUGCAGCGUGUACACUUAUUUUGUAUCUAUAUUUGUCCCUUCAGUUCGUCUCUUUGAGUUGCAGGAUGUAAAAGCCUCUUUCAAUGUUGAGUGUCAAAAUUGGAGGUCCAUCACAUUUGGAGCUAUAUUACACAGGUACAUUGCACGGCUUUGUAAUAACUAAUAAUACUAUGAAAUUACGGGAUUCAAGAAACUUAUAUAUGAACUGUUUGGAUAUGAUUAAUGCCAUUAUAAUUGAUAAAUUUGAUGGAACUUUUUUUGAUGUGUUUGGCAGUAAUUGCCUUGCAUAUAAUCGGUUUGAAUAAGAAGUAUAUCUCUGUACAUUCCAAAACCCUACUAUUUUUCAAUCUUGAAAAUUGGUGGACAAUUUGUGGAGAAGCCAUGAGACGUCGUUUCUUGCCGAAUUCUGUUUUGACUUUUAUAUUAUUUAUUUAUGUCUCUUAACGUAAAAUUAGUUUUGUUGUUGAAUUUGGA